GAAGAAAAUGGGCCUAUAAAUAACUGCCUAGUUAUUCUUGAAAGAGCAGAACACAAGGAAAAAAUAAAAACGCUGAUCAGACGCAAUAGCCAUGGAAAUGGAACCAGAACUCACUAAGCUUGGAACCUCUCUCCUAGUGCCUUGUGUGCAGGAGCUAGCAAAAGAACCGUUGACAAAUGUCCCGCCACGGUAUUUGCGACUUGAUCAAGAUUCUCCAAUCGUAUCUAACUCUGCUUAUCUACCCCAAGUUCCUAUCAUUGACAUGUCCAAGUUAUUUUCACAAGAAUCCAUGGAUUUUGAGCUGGAUAGGCUCGACCGUGCAUGCAAAGAGUGGGGUUUCUUCCAGUUGAUAAAUCAUGGAGUGAGCAGUUCAUUAGUGGAAAACGUGAAGGUGGAAAUUCAAGAAUUCUUUAAUCUCCCAGUGGAUGAGAAGAAAAAAUAUUGGCAAAGACCAGGAGAAAUGGAAGGAUUUGGACAGGCUUUUGUUGUGUCUGAGGAGCAAAAGCUUGACUGGGGAGAUAUCUUCUAUAUGAUCACUCUCCCACCGAAUUUGAGGAGACCUCAUUUGUUCCCACAGCUCCCUCUUCCAUUCAGAGACACCUUGGAAGCUUAUUCAAGAGAAAUAAAAGAUCUUGCCAUGACAAUCCUGAAAUUCAUGGCAAGAGCUCUGGGAAUGGAACCUGAAGAAAUGAAACAACAAUUUGAAGAAGGAUGCCAGAAAGUGAGAAUGAAUUACUAUCCUCCAUGCCCACAGCCAGAGCUAGUUAUGGGUCUCAACUCACACUCAGAUGCAGUUGGCCUUACCAUCCUCCUCCAAGUUAAUGAAGUGGAAGGGUUACAGAUAAAGAAAAAUGGCAAGUGGGUUCCUGUUAAACCACUCCCAAAUGCAUUUAUUGUCAAUGUUGGUGACAUUUUAGAGAUUGUGACUAAUGGAAUUUACAGAAGCAUUGAGCAUAGAGCAACUGUGAACUCAGUUAAAGAGAGGCUUUCCAUAGCUACUUUUUAUAGUCCGAAACUAAAUGGAGAAAUGGGUCCAGCACCAAGCCUUGUUACUGAAGAGAGACCUGCUUUAUUCAGGAAAAUUGGUGUUGCAGAUUUCUUCAAGGGAUAUUUUUCAAGAGAACUCGUUGGAAAAUCAUACCUUGAUGUCAUGAGGAUUCAAAAUGAAGAAGCUAAAAACAACUGAUUGGAUUGGUGCCUAUUUUAUGUCUGCCUGUUUUUUUUUUUUUUUUUCAGCCGAAUUGAGGUAAGAAAUGUCAGGUCCUUCUGCUUCCUCGUAUGUAGUAAAUAAAUAAAUACUGCGGUAAUAAUUGCCAGGUAUUGCUAUUUUAUUCCUUA